CAACAGGAGUGAAGCGCUAUAUUUGAAUCUGGAAGCAGUCAGUGAUAAGAUAAACAAUCGAUGUAAGUUUUUGAGACUGGAAAUGGACUCUGGUGAAUUGGAAGAACUGUGUCUACAUAUUAAUUCCAAGAUUUCUUUAAUCAAGAAGACACUACAGUUAAGAAAUAUUGGUCAAGAUCUUUCUUUAAAAAAUGUACUGGCUAAAGUAGGCCAUGAAAUGCAUUCAUUGUAUGAAAUUCUCAAUCAAUUAGAAUUGGAAGUGCAGCGCCAAGAAACUAUAGCAAAUUCACUGAAGGAACUGGAGGUUUCUAUCACUCAAAAUUUUGCUGAUGCAUCUCACUUGGUAGAAAAUAUCCCUCCACAUCUUCCUAAGAAAGCUGUAGACAGCAGUGAUUGUGCACCUGUGGAGCCAGCGGAAUCUAAAGUUACAGUGCCUGAGCCAGCAAAGAAACCGACCAAAGAAAAGAUUAUCAAAGAAAUGGAAUUAAUUACUGUACAGGAAUUCGGGAGUGUCCCACAGUACAUGAAAAAUCGCCUUACGUAUGAACAAAUUAAUAACGUCAUUGAAGAAAUUAACAAAGCAGUUGUUGGAAAGUACAAAAUCCUGCACCAGCCAAUGAAAUCUUUAGGCAACCCUGCUAAAAAGCAGCUGUGUCGAUUUAGAGAGGAGGAAACAAAAGAGACUAAAGGUCAGUUCUUUAUCGUAGAACAAGAUAUCAAGGAAUUUACUCAAAUGAAAGUUGAUAAGCGAUUUCAUGGAAUGUUAAGUAUUUUACGGCAUUGUCACCGUAUUCGAGAAACACGUGGAAAAGGAAUAGUGCGUUAUAUUAUUUGCUAAAUAACUUCUUGUUUUUGUGUGUGUAAAUGUGUUUCACUUCGAUUUUGGAUCUUUUUUAAAAAUAAACUUUAUUGCAUUUUUUUAAAUCCAUAAAUAGGAUUAUUGUAUUAUACACUCUUGUGUUUUAGACAUUCAAACAUAUGUGGCCUAAAAUUAUAGAAGUUUACCUGCAUAUAAAGUCUUAUGGCAAUACUAUUGAGACUUUUACUGGCCAAUCACCUACCACAGUAUUUCCUUGCACCUGUUCUUGAGUAGCCCUAAGAGAUCGAGAUGAUUUGUGGCUUAAGCAUUGUGAUCCAGAAAUAUAAAAUAGUACCAAUAUAUAUUUGAUAUGAAUGUCUAGAUACACUUGCUUAUUUAACACCUUAACAACCGAGGCAGUGCUAGGUACGUCCUACGUCGACGACCGCUCUAAUAGCGAUGCCUCGAUGUUGAGGCGUCCUGCAAUACUGUUCCCUACUGCCGGGCCCCAGGUUGAUUGCUCCCCAGGAGUGAUCACUUCCCGGUUGCAUCACAUGGAGCCCGGCAGUGUAACAGAGCAUCAGAUGCCAUCGGUCAGGCUUCUGAUGCUCUGCCUGUGUGCUGAGUGCCUCAAGGGGUCAAGGCACUCAGUAAAGUGCAAAAAAGUUUUUUUUUUAAAUAUAUAUUUAUUAUAUAAAAUAAAAGCCAAUUUAGCCCCCCCCAGCUCAUGUGGCUUCAAAGAUGGCGCUGCAUUUCUAGAGGCAGUGCAUCAUGGGGUUUCUGGGGGUGUCUCUAGCCUGCCUUAUCAUAGGGGCAGGCUAGGGUCAUCCAAUCAGAGCUUGCCCUUAUAAUUAAAUUUAUUAUAAUAAAAAAUCCCAUUUGUCUGGUCAUGUCAAUAUUGGUAAAUAUUGACUCUGACCAGUGUGGAUCUCCUUCCCUCUCCUCACUUGUGUUUUAGUGAGAGAGAGAGAGAGAGAGAGAGAUCUGUGUUUAUGGAGAGAGAUUUAGCUAGUAGUUUUUGUAAAACUUGUGAGACCCAAAGGUUCUUUUCAGAGCCAUUAACCCAUAUCUUGCCAGUGAUCACUAUAAUGCUGUCUGUGCAUUUUUUAGGGGUUUAAUUUUUUUUAGUAUUUUUUUUGUGAGACCCAAAGGAAAUUUAGCUAGUUUUAGUUACUUUUUGUAAAAAAAUUGUGAGACCCAAAGGAAACCCCCUAUCUUGCCAGUGAUGACUAUAAAUCACUAGCUCUUGCACAGCAACACUUUUUUUUUGCUAUCUGUGCAUUUUUUUCGGUGUUAAUUUUUUUUAACAGAUCGCUAUAUAAAGUGAGUGUGAUCAUGUCACAGAGGACGUAUAGCACUGAAGAGGCGUAUGCCAUCCUUGCGUGAGAGUCUGACGCCUCUGUCUGACUCCUGCUAGCCCCCGUGCCAGACGGAGACAUGUUGCUCCAGCUGGCAUUGCUGCUGAGGAGUGGGUAGCGCCUCAUCGCCAGAGGCCAGAUAACCCACCCUUCACUGCAAUUCCUGGCAUCGAUGUAGAUGUCGCAGGAUUUAACCCCCAACAGUUUAUGGAGGUGUUUCUGGGUGAUGUAUUGGGGAACAUUGUCGUCCAAACUAACUUAUAUGCCUGCAAAGCCUGAUUCAUAUUUUGCAAAGCAGCAAUGGGCCCCCAUCCAUGUGCCAGAAUUUAAAAAAUUCUGGGCAUUGACUAUGCUGAUGGGCAUCAUAAAGAAACCCUUUAUCCGCUCCUACUGGAGCAGUAACCACAUCUCAUCUACCCCAUUUACUCCCAGUAGUAUGUCGAGGAAGAGGUAUGAAAUUAUUCUACAUGUCAUGCACUUCAGUGACAACAACCUGUGCCCCACUAGGGAGCAUCCCCAUUUGACAGGCUGUAUAAAAUCCACCCCCUGAUUACUCACUUUGCUGCCAGGUUUGCAGAGGCUUAUACACCUGGAAGGAAUAUAUGCGUGGAUGAAUCCCUGAUGAAGUAUAAAGGAAGGCUGGGAUUCAAGCAGUAUAUUCCUUCCAAACGCUUCAGUUUAUGGUGUAAAGGUGUAUAAGCUCUGUGAGAGCGAGACUGGGUAUACUCAGGCCUUCCGGGUGUACGAGGGAAAGGAUAUCCACCUUGAACCUCCAGGUUGCCCAGGACAUAUGGGAACCAGUGGCAAUAUUGUCUGGGACCUGAUAUGACCCCUGAUGAACAAAGGGUACCACUUGUAUUUAGACAAUUUUUAUACAAGUGUCUCUUUGUUCAAGCUACUGUAUUGUUUUGAUACAGUAGCUUGCAGUACAAUUAGAAAGAACUGCACAGGUUUCCCAUGACAAUUUGCAUGCACCCGGCUACCAAGGGGGAGACCUCAGCUCUGCGCCAAGAGUAGCUGUUAGGUGUAGGCAUACAGAGACAAGAAGGAUGUGUACCUUUUUACCACCAUCCACACUGAGAGGACUGUGGAGGUCUCUGUACGUAGCAGAGCUGAGAGCACAAGGAAGCCGGUGUGCAUCAAGGCUUAUAACCGGCAUAUGGGUAGGGUUGAUCUGGCAAAUCAGCUGCUGCAGCCCUACCUAAUUAUGCGGAAGACAACGGCCUGGUACAAAAAGGUUGCAAUUUACUUAAUGAAUAUUGCAACCCUCAACUCUUUUUGUUGUUCAAAAAAAGCAAACCCUAGAAUGAAACUAACUUUUUUUACAGUUUCAGCUCCAGAUAAUUUCUGGGAUUUUGUACCAAGAUGCACCUGCUCCUGCUCGGGCGGUGAUGGGAGAGAGUAGAGUUGGGGCUACCCAUUUUAUUUACUUUUUCUUCUUGAAACAUGUACACAGUUUAAUACAAAACAAAUGAUUUAGAGUUACAUACAUGUACAUUUAUAAGCUUUUCAAUGAUAAAGAAGUAAAAUAAAACGUAUUAAAUAAAACAGAA